AUGCCCGGACUGUUCCGAAUUCUCCUCGAUCCGUGGCUUGUAGGGCCGUCAAAUAUCUUGCACUCCAGAUUUUCUUCGACGACGCAUGUUCAGGGAGCCUGCGUCUCAACGCUGCGAGACCUACCUGAGCCUGAUUUAGUUAUUGUCAGUAACGGUCGCAGCGACCAUUGCAAUGAGGCUACUCUUCGGCAACUUGCUCCUCGCGGCACGAAGACGAUUAUAUUAGCGGAGCCUACUGCUGCGAAACAGAUCCGAAGCUGGAGGUAUUUCGAUGACAGGAAAAUUUUGACCCUUCAGCGAUGGCAGGACCCCCGACAAAGCGGUCGAGACACCGUCAUCCGAAUACCAAUACGCCCUGGUGUCGCUGGAGGGGACAAAGGGCUCGUGACUGUUUCUCUCAUCUCCCGAGGAAGAAGUAGGAAAGGGCUUGAUUCGGCAAUAGGGAUAACGUACAGGCCAGCACCAUUAUCAAUCUCCCAACCGCCGGUGACCACGGCUUCCACUCCCCUCUCAACCCCUUCGCUGGAUUUUGCCUCGCGCACAACGAGCCCAGUUGAGCUAUGCACUCCUGAGCCCCUCGAGACGCCUAUUUUACCGCCUCUCCCGGCUUUUCCACGCCUUAUACACACCGAAAGCCCGGUCCCUCACCCGUCAAAGGCAGGCCGGUCUUUGACCACUCUCUCCCACCCCCAGAACAGGAGGGUGUCUGGGCUAUCCGUGAUAUUUUCCCCCCACGGCAUCUCCUACGGCGCCAUCGAGGGAUACGCAACGUCACACCUUGUCUCCGAGGCUGCGCUGCCGCUCACAGCCCUUCUACACUGCUUCGAUGCCGUCUCCCAGCCCUGGUGGCUCGGCGGCAACGUCACGAGUGGCUUUCAUCACGGCCAGGAGAUCAUAGCCAAGCUUGGCGCAAGAGCCUGGAUCAGCACAUAUGACGGAGACAAACUCCUUAGAGGCCUAGCUAGGCGGUUGACCCGGAGGAAGAAGUACAAGACACACGAGGUGCGCAACUUUGUCCACGGUGCGACGGCUGGCCUCCACAACACCCGCAGACCGAGUUCCAGACGCUGCGGAAAGAUGGACAGGCCCACGGAAAUAAUGACGUUGAAUAUUGGCGAGCAAGUCUCUCUGACGAGUGACGGGGUGUGGACCACUGAAGCGCCGUCUCCCCUAGGACCAGGCUGCCUGAAUCGUCGUCAUCUGACUAUUCCCCAUUUGCUUUAUGCCAAUGCCACCGGAGAAAGUAUAGGCUCGCCGUUUAGGGUGAGUAAACUCUGGCCGAGUAGGUUUCUGGCUUGA